CGACUUGCCGAAGCAGUGACAGCAGGCGUGUGGGCCCUAGCCACUAGCUAUACCUGUAUGUGAAGCAAGUAAAGUGGAGUAGAAACAACAGUGGAUGCAAGUCUCACAUAGUACAUGUAGAUAACUGACACUUUGACAAGCUGCGGUCUGAUAAUGGGAGCGAACAACACCCGCCGUGUGUCGUUUGAGUCAGACGAGAACGAGAAUAUAACUGUGGUGAAGGGCAUACGGCUUUCUGAGAAUGUCAUCAACCGCAUGAGGGAACCUGAAGCUCCUCUCAAACACCAUCCUGCUCCUUCUCCACCACCACCUCCUCCCAUGGCACCAACUCCCCACCCUCUCCCUCAUCUCCUGCGGCCAGUGCCCCCACUCUUUGACCCAAUCACCUCUUUACCUCCUCCCCCUCUCCCUGUAGAACCUGUUGCCCCUCCGGCUCCUUCUCCACCAGCUCCAUCUGCCACAGAGACUGUGGCUGCACCUCCUCCUCCUGCAGAACAGGUAGCAGCACCCACCAUUAUUGACAUGGUGCUCCCAUCAUCAUCACCCCCAGCUGCUGCUGCUGCUAGUGAUGUCGCUGCUCCUGCUUUUGAGCCUGUGGCGGCACCUCCUCCCCCUGCUCCUGCUGCUGUUGAGCCAGUAAUUUUGCCUACAUCUCCUCCUCCUCCUCCUCCUGCUCCCAUUGCUCCCUCCCCUGCCCCAGCUGUGGUGGAAGCGAUCAUUCCGCUUGCUCCUCCUCCGCUUGCUCCUCCACCGCUUGAAAUUGAGCUUUCUCCUCCUACCAUAAAUCAGUCCAUUGCUUCUUCUCCUCCAGCAAUUGAACCUGUUGCUCCUCUUCAUGUGAUUGAACCCAUUGCUCCUUCAUCUGUAGCUGAACCCACUCCACCUCCUCUUCCUGUCAAGAUGGAGCCCAUCAUUGCUCCCCCCCUUCCCGAAUCGGAACCUCUCUCUUCCCCUCCUGUUUUUGAGCCUGUCAGCAUCCUGCCACCUCCUGCAGGGGACACUUUGUCCCCGCAGCCUGCUGAGCCAUUUGCUGCGCCUCCCCUGCCUGAGUAUACUGCUCCUUGUGAACCCGUUGCACCUCCUCCUCAGCCCCCAGUGGAGCCAGUAUACGUUCCUCCUGUCCCUGAGCCAGUGGUAGAGCCUGAGCCAAUUUCAGUUCCACCACCACCUCCUGCUGCACCAGUUGUUGAUGAAGAGGCCCUGAGGAGGAAGAUCACUGAUGAGCUGUAUAAAGGCUUGGAGCAGGACAGGGCCAAGGCAGAGCAAGAGCUGCAAGCCUGGGUUGAGGAGGAGAAGGCCCGGGCAGCAGCCCAGGCUCAGGCUGACGCUCAGUCCCAGGUCCAGGAUGAAGUGUCCAGGAUCCUGUCAGUGGAGCGGGCCGUGGCCCAGGAGAGCAUCCAGCAGGCUGUAAUAAGAGAGAGGCUCGCCACUGAGGAUGAGAAACACCGUGCUCUGCUCUACGCCAAGCAGCUGGAGGCCAGAGAAGCAGACCUCAACAAGCAGGAUGUUUUCUACAGAGAGCAGGUGGCCCGGCUGGAGGAGAGGAGCGCUCAGUUCUACAAGGUCACCACGGAGAACUACCACAAAGCUGCCGACCAAGUGAAUGCCAAGUUCAAGCGGUAUGAGAGUUAUCCUGUCUGUGCAGACCUGCAGGGCCGGAUCCUCGCAUGCUACAAGGAGAAUGUUGGAAAAACCCUCAACUGCUCCAACAUAGCAACCCUCUACCUUCAGUGUGUCAACAACUCUAAACAGAACAAGUUGAGGACCGGGGGUUAAGGAAGGAAGAGGGUGAGAAAGAAAGACGGAGCAAUGAAGAGUUUAUUGUGGGAUUACUGAUUAUCGACCGACCGACAAACAGACCAAACCGAAGUGGAAAUGAGGAAUAAGUCAGCACCAAGACACGCACCCUCAAAACCCCUGAGGAGAACCAAACAGGACCAGACUAGAGGCACCGAACACAGAACCCUGAUAGAGAAAUAGACACCUUUUCCCCUCAAUUCCUCCCUCCUUUCCUUCCUCUCUUACCUUUCGUCUAUCUCUCCUGUGAGUAUGUAGGCAAGCAAUGACACUGUCAUUUGGAGAACCAGCAUGGGACGGCGGGACCCGGCAGGCCUGAGCUUGGCCCGCUACAAGGACAGUAAAAACGAACCGGAACAAUCACAAGAAAGCAAGUCAUCUCUGUCACACGCCACUUGGACCCAUCCCUUUUCACUCCAACACAGUUAGCAAAACAAGUCUAUUUUUACUAAUAAAAGUCAGUCCUAUUUUAUUGUCAAUAACUCGUUGUUUUCCUGCUCCUAAUGCACUAUCCUGUACACAUAUGCACAUGUACGCAUCUGUCUCUUCUUUGCAUCUGUUCGUGUGUUAUGUUAAUAAUGUAACAAUCUGCGUGUCGAGUAUUCAUC